CGGACUCAUUUGGAGCCACGACGACUUCCCGGAGACGCGGAUGGACACUUGUGGUUGUUCUGACGGGACACGUCGGGAGAGAAAGCGCACCACAGCUGGCCUCCCACUCUCACCGAGGCUCCGCCCCCUCCCGUUCCCAAGACACACCUCGAAGACACCCAGAGAGAGACGCGGUCCAAGUGCUGGUGGACGCUCCGUCGCUUCCUAUUUGUGGUGUUUCCUCUCCACUCUAUUUGUUUGUUCCUCCAUCACAGGACAUCAUAGCGUCUAUUAUUUUUGACAUUGUGACAUUCGCUGUCACGAGAUAUUGAGCGGACUAGAGAAGCGAGUGGACUUUCCCCACGGGACCAACAUGACUUCGCCUGCGGAGCUUUGUGCCUUCCUGACGUCUACCGCGGUCAUAAUGGUGUGCCUCUGUAACGCAGAACGCCUCCCUCCUCCCACGGGCCUCUCCUAUCGGUGGAUCGACGCGUUCACGGUGAACGUGUCGUGGCAGGAGCCCCGCGGCCUCCCGGCGGGAGACAUCCGGUACGAAUACAGCCUGGAGGACCCGAAGAGUCAUGUGGAGCUCACAACACUGACACAUUUCUCAGCGAAUCUCCUCACAGAAGAGACGGGCUCUGGCAGCUGGACGUACCUUGUUUGGACUGUGAGUAAAAACGGUGAUAAUCUGGAAGACAGCACCAAGGUGCCCAAAACCAUUGAAACCCCGAAGCCCAGAGCCCAAGUGGAGGACAUCCAAUGUUUCGUCAACCUGAACAAUGAAACCAAAGCCAAAGAAAUGAACUGUUCCUGGGUCCCAGGCAAUCAGGCCCUUUAUCUCUCCUUUAGGAUUUGUGGACAUACCCAUAAAACCAUUCUGGGUUUAAAGAAUUGCGUGUGGCCUUACAGCAACGCGAUGAGGAAAGGCUGCUACCUGAAAGCUGACGGUGUCGCGAAUAACAUCUGCAUGCUUUUGGAAUCUGAAGCUGGACAGAGCACCUUUAAACUUCUACCCAGUCGGUUUCACCUCCAAUGCGUCCAACACUUUUACUUAUUUGCUACAUAUAUUUAUGAUUUUUUUUAUUUGUCAUUUUGCUCUUCUUCAGUGAUCGAUCCACCAGAGUUGAGCAUUGGGGAAGAAGGAGAUAACCUCAAACUGAGCUGGACACUCCCACCGAUCUUAAAAGAUCACCCCUGGAUAUUCAUGGUCUGCUCCAGGAAGUGCAGUCACGCCGAAGUGUGCCAGAACUACACCACAAAGGGAGAGCCCUGGUUCAUGCCCUACGAUAAGAGCUGCCGCUACGAGCUCCGGUCCAGAGUCAGGACGGGUCCCAGUGUCCCGCCAAUAUUCAGCCAAUUCGGCCAAGUGGUAUUUUAUGGUAACAAUCUGCCCGCUGACAAAACGCUCACCGUGGUCGCCGUCGUCCUCCCCAUCAUCCUGUCCGUCUGCAUCUUCCUGUCCUGCUACUGCUUCAGGAGGCACAGCUCCAUCCUCUGCCCCGUCAUACCGGAUCCUUCUGCGAUAUUCAAGGAAAUGAUGAUGGACGGAAACAAAGACCUGAAGAGCACAAUGGGGAGCCUGUAUACGCCGGUGCCAGAGCCCGUUGAAUCCUGCAAAGUGGACACGGUGACCGACAGCAUCGUCGUCCCGCUGAACUCCUGACGCGGAGCACGGACCGUGCAGCUGGACUCUAACUCGGGGGGGAAUCCAGCGAGGAACGUUUUUAUGAAGCCUGUUGCACAUCUGACCCGUGUGGCGAGGAGAGAGCUGUGCUGACUCUGUGUCGCUGCACCGGGAAGAACUUCAACCACUAGAGGGCGGGAAAUAACACGAUAUCCAGCUGCUGCUCCAUAACUCUCUCAGGCAGAUGAACGGCCUUCAAACAAACACACACACACACACA